UUAGUCGCGCCCUGUCCGCCUCGCUCGCUCACUCGCAGAGGGAACGCCACUCGGGCACGCACGGAGACAAGCAGAGAGGGAGACCACCGCGCCGUGCCGUGGCCUCAACACCGGCGGGGGACUCCCGAGCCUCGACCCCUUUCACACCUCGCCGAGUCUCGUCAAUGGCUGGGACGGCGCGGGACGGCGGCGGCAGCUGCGGUGGUUGUGGUGGUGAUGCCGGUGGUGGUGGUGGUAGUGGUGCUGGUGGUGAUGCAGGUGGCAACGGCGGCGUUGGCCGCGUUGUAGUCGGCGGCGGCGGCGUUGUCGGCGGCGUUGGCUCCACGUGGGUGCGGCUCAACGUGGGCGGCACGCGCUUCACCACCACGCGGCACACGCUGAGCCGGGAGCCGGGCUCCGUGCUGCACGCGCUCGGGGCUGCGGGGCCCGGCGAGGCCGAGCAGGAUGAGACCGGAGCGUUCCUGCUCGACCGAGACCCGGCCUACUUCAGCACCAUCCUCAACUACCUGCGGCACGGGAAGCUCAUCCUCAACAAGCACCUCACGGAGGAGGGCGUUCUGGUGGAGGCGGAGUUCUACAACGUGGCGUCGCUAGUCUUGCUUGUGAAGGAGCAGAUACGGGAGAGGAACAAGUUGGCCCAGGGCUGCGUGAAGCACAUCUACCGCGUGUUGCAGUGCAAGGAGGAGGAGCUCACGCAGAUGGUCUCCACCAUGUCAGACGGCUGGAAGUUUGAGCAGCUCAUCAGCAUUGGGGCGCCGUAUGGCUACGGCAGCAGCCAGCAGGCCGAGUUCCUGCUCAUCGUGUCCCGCGAGGUCAAGUGGGAGGACAGUGGCCCCCAGUACAGCACAGCGAGCAGCGAGAUGCUGCUGGAGCGCGGCUCGCGGAGGCUGUGAGUCCCGAGUCACGGCGGAGCCGUCCCCAGACAUGUACAGCCCGUGGCCGCUUCUGCCUCCCCCCGACCGCAAGGCAUGCACCAGAUGGAGGCCCCCCCCCCCCACAGCUCACUUCCCCCCCCCCCCCCUCCGCUCACUUCCCCCCCCUCUACCGCACAAGUCGUAUCUUCUAUAUGGGGUCUUGGUUUUUUUCACCGCACGCACACACGCGCGCGAGUACAAUGUUUGUUUCCCGUCGUCGAAUUCCCGCGUCGCGAAAUGCAUAUGCCCGUAGCCCCUGCCCGGUGAUGCGCACGCGGCUCUCGGAAGCACUUUUGGCGGCGGUGUGAUGCGUGGGCUGGGGGGGGGGGGGGGUUGCUUGACUGUGGAGCUGGCGGAUCUUCCCCCCUGUCAUCGUAAUUUUGCUCUUGCAAUCGAUUGAGACGGUGAAGGACCCCACGGCAAACCUCCUUGCACGCCCGGCUAGAGGGAAGUUUAUUUUCUCCGUUAUUCUCCACCCCGCUCACUGCCUUGGCAAAAAAAAAGUUUUUUUUUUGUUUACACUGUGGGAGCCGAUUGUUUAAAUUGUUGAAGCGCGUUUAUAUUCGUUUAAAAGGCUUUUUUUAUUUUUGUUGCAACUGUAAAGAAGCCUCCGUAUGAAAUUUUUUGUAAUGCUCUGCUUCGGAAACAAAAAUAUGCAACGUGUGUACCAGUCGGCCCCCAAACGCUCUCUCUCCGCGGCCGAUUUCCUUACGCUGGAAUCGCGGUUGGUUCGCGAAUCUGCCGCCCGCCCGCCCGCCGAACGUUGUUUCUGCAACGACGACAACAACAUCAAAAAGAACGGAAACAAAGGAAUCAAUACAACAAGCAGAAGACUGCAGAAGACUGUUAUAUUUUGGUGAGCAGCAGUGCCAUAUAUACGCUCGUGAUUUUGUGGGCGCACUUUUUGAACUCUGGUGUUUGUGUAUUCAACUCGCAUGCACCGAUUCUGCUCGCUCCUAGGUGCUGCUGUGCGUCUGCACAAUGGUGUUUUGAAGUUAUCUCGGUCGGCAGAACACAAUACCACCACCCCCUUUCCUGUACAUAGAGGGACUUAUCGCGUCAUUUUCCCGGCACGUAUUCCCGUCGAGACACCGCGCAGGCUAAUUAAUUCUGAUCUGAGGGAAAACAAAGGGCUGAUGUCCGCAGCAGAAAGUAUGCAAAUGAGGUAAUGUACAGAGGCGGUUUAGGAAAUUAAAAAGCAGUGUGGGAAAAUUGCUGCUUGUUCAUCAUCGUCAUCGUUAAGCACUUACAACAAAAACGUGUAAACUACUCUUGUGUCAUUUUUUAUUCUUCUCGGGAUCGCGUCUCACGAAGUUGCCCGUUCCUCGUGCGUUGGUUGCACCGGUGUGACAUUUGUGGAGUAAAAACUUCUUCAUCAUC